AUUCACAAUCGGACUCGGGAGACGCGCAAUGUUUCGUUCUUCCUUUUUAAGCUCUCCAGGUAAAUAUGGAGCUUAUAUUAGAAACCUUCAAAUUUGUUCAAGCUUACGUGCUGUGGCAGGAGCCACCCAAAAGCCUAACCAAUCUACUGAUGGUCCUAUUGUAAAGGCAGAAUCAAUGGCAAACCAAUAUGAACAAGAUGUAACUAAUUCCAUCGCAAGGUGGGCCAAAGCCGAGGAAAUAUAUUAUGGCAAAGAACGUGAUUUCGCGAACUACCCAACUUUCAAAAUAGCUCGUUGUCAUCCCAAAGUCAGAAUGGGUGUGUUUCCUGACUCUUGGUUUCAACCAUUUUACAACAAAACCGGUGUCACUGGUAACUUUGAAUUAAUCCUCUUACUUCUGAGGGCCGUAUAUGUUCAUGUUUGGUUCGUUCAUGUUUUUAAUCAACAAAGAAAUAUGGGUGUUCGAUGGUCACUUUGUGGAAUUUUUUGUGUUCUUGUCUAUGAGUGUCAUGAUUGUCAAAAGAUUUGGCGCUCGUACUAGAAAGAUCGUAGAAAAAUGGGCGAAAGAAGAUGAACACUUGAUGUAUCAUCAGCCUAUAAACGAAGUGAAAAGCUAUAUAGACAAUACAAUAAAAACUUGCGAAAUGGAAGUGGAAAGAGCGGCCGCUGUUACUGAACAUGUACGUGCUAAGGAAGAAAACAUUGCCUUACAACUUGAAGCUACUUAUCGUGAACGCCUUCAAAGUGUAUACCGAACAGUGUAUCGCCGCUUAGUAAGUCCCCAGUUAUUCAUAUGACAAUCAUAACCAAAAACCCCCAUCCAAGACAAUCUUUCCAUUUCUCUUGAACAUAUCCAGAUUACUAACCAUGAAGUGGCGAUCAAAGUUGACGAAAAGCCAAAUUGGGCACUGUUACUGGACGUAAUUUGUCUGUUGAGACUAAUACCAGCUAGUGGGUAUUCCCAGUUUUGUAGUGGCGGUCGCGAUGAGUUUCCGCAAUCUUGCCGCAUAUAAUGGGAGACAACAGAAGCAUCAACUGUUUAUCUAAAGGAAUACCACGUUGAACGUGAAAAUACGCGAAAACGUUACAUUCAACAACAUAUGGUGAACUGGGUGGUAGAUCACGUGGUCAAAGGGAUCACUCCUGUCCAAGAAAAAGACACUCUGACGCAUUGUAUCAACGAAUUAAAACGGUUGGCGCAAGCUUCCAAAGUAACAACAACUGUUCAGUGAUUUACAGACGGAUAACCACUUUAGAUGGGGGAACGGUCUAUUUUAAACCAAUAUAUUAGUAUAUUCCUAAGCUCUUCUUUUCACUCCUCUAGCUCUUAUUAUGUUAGAUGUUAAUAAGUGUGGAUGCAAUAUUGAGUUUAAACGGUUGUGUCAGGAUGCUUGAAAAAUAUUCCAAUC